UCACUCUAAGUUCAAUUUGAGACUUAAUUUAUGUUUAGUUCAAAAUAAUUGUUAGAAUUAAACUUGUGUAGCCAGCAAGUGAUGCCCGGCUGUCAGAAUGAGUGGACUGCUGAACGAUAUCCAGCGCAUCAUCGGCGAGCUGCAGUCCGGGAAGCCAGCCAGCCGAACCAAGGGCGUUGAGCAGCUGGACGAAAAGCUCUCCAACUGCAGGGAGGAUCUAAAUAUCUUAUUUCUAAGCAAAAGAUGUGAUUUGUCUUGGACCCAAGUCUUUGAAGCGUCGAAAGAGGCUCUCUUCAAGCACGCUGGCUCCCUGGAGGAUGCCAAUGAAAAGUCCUACAAGACAUUGGCGGGAAAAAACUAUUUGUAUGACAAUGUUAUUGAGAAGAUCACCCAAUUCAAUUUGGAAGCUGGAAUGCAGACCGCCGGGAAUGGACACUUUCUGGCCAAGACAAGCAUCUUCAAUGCAUUCGAGGAGGGCAUCAAGAUGCGGGUGGUGGUAAAGUUCUUUGGAGACCGGAUUCUCAGCCUGCUGGAUAGGGCCCUCUACUCCUCGACCAGCUAUGUGCGUGAUUUGAAGAUUAAUGAGUACAGCCGCAUCCUCUCCUACCUUUUUGAGUUGAAUGUGGAAAAGGAUGAGGCCCUGCGCACCAGGAUAUUGAAAUGCAUCACUAAGACUGUCACUUUGGCCAAGGAUCGGGUUCAACUGCAUGUAGAUCUUGUUGAAUAUUUGCCUGAGCUAAGCAAUUUUGCACGCUCUGCAAAUGCAGCCAGAAAAGUAGAGAUUGUUCGACUCUAUUUAAUAUUCGCCUCAGAGCUCUCUGUUAAUUACCAUCACCAACUGAGCAUUCAUGCUCAGGAGAUUCUGCCCAAACUAUGCGAGUUCCACGAUGAGGAUGUUUACCGGGACGACACCAGAAAUCUAUUUUUCCAGUGCGUCACAAAGUCGCUGCAUUCGUUAUAUCCCAAGUUGGACAUGUGUGAUUUUAAUACUCUCGGUGUGCCUAUUCAGGAAAAGUGGACGCAAACUCUGUUGCGGCUAAAAUCUAUAGUCUACGUGGAGAUACGCAAGAAUUCUUUGGCCCGCUACAAGACCGCACAACUGAGCAAUGACAAAUUCUCAGAGCCCUUUAUCAAGAUGUCCGCCUUGGUCAUGUACAUCGUUCUAUGGCACGUAGAGACGAAAAAGAAGGAUGAAAAUGGAGAAGGCGAUGCGCCGAAAAAGGUCCCGAAGCCUGCCGAUAGAAUGGAUAUUAUAUUUGGCCUGAUCGACAAAAAAGACACACUCUUCAAUGACGUCUGGUUUGCCAUCUUUGCAGAGCUUCUCCAGCUGAGCGGCGUGCUCCUGAAUGUGGCCAACUAUCAGCAGGCGCUGACCACAGUGGCUGAAAUAAUGCCAGUGUACGGAAAUGCCAGAAAUCUGCGGAACCUUCGUUUAUGCCUGACGAGUAUUCUGAGCAAAGAACAGGAGCUUUUACAAUCGAAAUCCAUUAACGAGGAUUUUCUGGUCGACCUAUGGAAUCAGAUGGUGAACCAUCUGAUCUCAGAGACCACCACCAACAGUGAAGAGAUCAAGGAAAAGCAAUUGGUGCUACAGAUGCUGAUUAGACACAAAAAACUGAAUCAAAAGAUGGCCAGCACUCUGCUGCACAACAUCACCACCAAUGAGAUGUUAAAGCGCAACGAAUGCUUUGCGACAAUUCGCGAGAUCUUCAUUCAUGCAGACAAAUGUGGUCAGGAUAAGGCCUCCGCGGAUCUAGAGCCUAUCAUAGCGUGGGCCUAUGGCAGUGGGGACCGAAACAACACCGCGCAGUUGAUACACAAUAUAGCCAGUAUAGAUUCCCGGCUUCAGGCUGAUACGUUUGCCAUCAGUAUCAUUAACUUUCUAGACGAGCAGCAGCUGGAGGAGAUCUCCCGUCCAUCACCUUUGACUGUUCCCGUUGAACAGAAUCUCUUGGCCUACAAGUACAACAAGCAACUGAUCUGUUUGGACAAGGACUACGCUGCUCCCUUUAUGUCAAUCACUCAGCUGCAGAGCGAAACGAAGAAUUGUUUGUUUCAAAGCAAUUAUGAUUGCUUAAUGCGCGGCCUAAACUUUCAGAUAGCUAAGGAAAACCAUCCCUCUGCUAUACUGAAGAAUCUGAACAGUCUGUUAAAAUUGGCCUGCACAAUGGAAAGGCUUUUGUAUUACAAGGUUUUUAAUGCAGAUAACUUUACUACCUGCCCCCUGAUCAAACGAAUUGGUCUGUAUCUGAGCCACAUUGAGUUUCAGUACAAGGCGAACAGCCCUGAGAUGCUUGAUGAAAGCGAUUUGCGUGAGAUAUUGCGCCUAGAAAUCGAUGUACUUGAAGUAUUCAGAACGAAUUUGGUUCUACUUAAUUAUUUGGAAAGGCAACCCCUGGAGAUGUUUCUUGAAUUCGUUGGCGCUGCUUUAAAGCUGCAUUGCAUGCAGAGGGAGCGAUCUGAAAAUGCUGAUCAUAUGACAAUUACCGCUCAGUGCCUUAAUAUUUUGGCUGGCCUUUGUGCCUGCAGUUCGCAUCGGGAUGAAGCAUUUGAGCACAUAUCCAAAGUGACAAUGCGGUGGCUUCCCCCAGAUGUGCUCAUUGUAGCCAAGAUGUUGUGCAGCUGCCAGACCGUUUCUGAUGCAUCCAGCAUUUGGUUAGUGAACAAACUGAAGACUCUUUUUCAGAAUCAUCAUCAGGACUUGGAUGUUAUUGACAAAGUGGUUGAUCAUAUGCCCACGAUUUUCUACUUUGUAUGCAAAAUGGAGCAUCACUUGGACGACAUGCUCAUGGCACUUAAUUCGUUAUUAAGGAUUGCUCUUAAGAAGUCCUACACUUCCAACUUAACAGCAAAAAUUGUGAGUUGUGUGGGAUUGAUUGCUAAGCGCUGUCCGGACAUUUACCUGCUGGAGAACUUUACUGUGAUAUGCAAGUCCACUGCUAAAUUCAUCACAAUGCCCACUUUGGAAGUGCGCUUUGCCACACUCUUCACGUUCACCAUUCUUUUGGAAACGAACUGUGUAACUAGCGAUGCCAUUGGCCACUCACAGACUCACUGGGAUUUCUGCCAGGAGCUCUACGAGAGCAUCGAGUUCAAGAAGCUGACGUUCAACAAUGAGGAUUCUGCUCAGAACAGCAAUGCGUUAAUUGUUCAAAUGCUUAUUGCCUUUUUUCUGCGCAGUUCGUUCCACCAGGAGAUUGCGCUGAAGGAGCUACUGCACCAAUGCGCCCUGCACAGGCCAAGCGAAAGUGAAUUUGUUUCCCUGCAAAGCAUUGUUCCCGGCUAUGGACAAACUUUGCGCGAUCUUAUACGACCAUUUGCCGGCGUCCUUCUACACAAGUGGAGCUCCCAACGCUGGCCCAUUUCCAAGUUUCCUUAUUAUCUGUGUUAUGCACGAAAGAGCGAAUUCCGCAGUGUUCAUGCUAAUGAAAUUAUGGCUUAUACCUACCUCUAUGGAAAAACAGAGGAUAUAGAAAAAUGUAGUAAAUCAAUCAGCGAGGAUGUGGCCCUUCCCAUUGUGGCAUCAUUUUUGCUGCCCAAGAGCAGCUGCUGCAGCGAAAGCGAGGGCAAGGACUUUAGAGAUCAUCACCAGGUGUUGUUGGAGAACCUUAGUUACUCCCAAUUGAAUGCCACAGAUGUGGAUCUUAAUGUGGACACCCUUUGCUGUGUGGUCAGCUUGCUGCACGAUCCACAGGAGAUGAUGAGAUUGUUUGGUUCCAUUGCGCCGUGCAGCAGAAGUCGCAGUUGGUAUAGCCUGUCCAAGGAGUCGCUCUUCAAUUGCCUUAAUUGGCAUAUUGACCCCAAAAAGACUUCAUCUGGGGACAGUCGACUCCAGUCCAUGACCACGCUUCAAAUCAAACAUUCUCGUAUACUGGUUGAUUUAUUUGGGCGCUUGAAGGCAAAUUGCUUCACGGCCACUUUUUCGGAUCAGGCUUUGCGAGAGGUUUUCCUCUAUUGCGUGAUGGCAGAUGCUGUCUACGAUGCGGCACUUGAGAAUGAAAUCACCGUCACCCAGUGUUCCUACUUUGUUCGUGAUAUUUGGUUCUUCGUGGUUCGGUUUCUGUUGCACACCAAUUUUAGCCGGGUCCAGAUGUCUGUUCUGAACUUCCUGCAACUCUUGCUGAAUAAACCCAGCUUUGCCUUGCCUGAUUUUCUAAGUCACAUGGGAGAGAUAGCUAAACUUUUGAGUAGUUUUCAAAUAGACUGUGGAGCGAAAGCAGUGAAAGAAAAGGCCAGUGCAUUAGUAAUGCAAAUUUUGGAAUCAAACAAGAACCGGAUCAACCUAAAUUCAUUUCUGGAAGAGACCACGGAUUGUGAGUUUCUCAAGCCCCUGCGAGAAGAAUACAAAUCCAAUCUGCCCAACAUUGAUAAGGCGGAUGUGGCCAGUUAUCUGCGCUCAUUUCUGUCAAGUCCCACCGCAGAAAGAUUGCGAGAUCUAAGGGAAUAUAUUGCCGAGCACAAGGACAAGUUGCAAGAAAACGAAAAGCUACUAUUUAAGCUUAUCAACAAGCUCAUUCAGAUGACACGGGAUUCGCAUAAGAAGUCGAGCAGUCUAGAUGCCCUUAAGUGCCUGGCUCAAAUUGGACCGCUAAAACUAUCUAAGGUUUCUUACUAUUUUCAAACUGACUUCGAAUCGUUUGAAGAGUCAAAAGAUGAGCCUAUGGAAGUGUUUUUGAGCGUUAUCUGCGAUUUCUUGGACAAAUCAUUAUUCCAGUUCGAUCCCAAAACUCAUACGGAUCUUGUGUUAGUAACUAUUCAGGUGGUUAAUAGUAAACCUGGAGCUAAUAUUAUUGAUCGCUAUAAGAAUCUACAGAUCUUUCUGGACAAGUCUACGAAAUCUAGUUUCCUGAAUUCCUAUAAGCAAAUUCCUCGCAUUGAUUGGUUGUCGAUACUUAAAGCCACGCAAGGCUUAAACUACGAGUCUUGGAUGUGCAUCUUUGUAUCAAAAGCGUUUCAAGAGUGCGGCUGGAAAGGAUUUGAUGAUCUGGCUGCCAAGUCGUUUGCCUUUGCCAAGACCUGCCUACAGCCGUUCAUCAAAUUACUACUGGAAAACAAAGGAAGUCAUCUAGAGAGUCUGUGCCGAAUGUUGGAUUACUUUUUUGAAAGUUUCGCCAGCUCGAUGUUGCAGAAUUCGCCUAAUUCUAAGGAGAUAUUUCACAACAAAAGAGCCAUAAAGAGGUUUUUGCACAUCUGCGAGUCCAUACGGAUCGUCAAUGAAUGGAGCAUUCCCAUAAAUCUGAGCAAUGUGGUCAUGGCUAGCAAUCGUUGUCAGGCCUAUUUCCUGAGCAUUAUGUACCUGGAGCUCUGGGCCUGCGCAGCGAGUCCUAUAGAUAGAGCCAAUCUCUUCGACAACGAAUCGUUUCAGGCUGAUGCAAAAAAGGCCUACGAAUCGAUUGGCUGUCUGGAUGCCUUCCCGGGGUUUGUCAAUCCCAUGCGCUCACGUUUGGAUUUCCUAGGCCAGAGUAGCAGUCUUUCCACCAUUCUGUUGGAGUCGGAUCAUCUGGACAGGGCCAGCGGUCAACUCUGCGUGGACAUAAUGAAGGGCAACGGUUUGUGGUCGUUUGCCAAACUUCAGCAGCAUCAGAACGUAGAGCCAGAUUAUGAGAUCUUCUGGCGCCUUGGACAGUGGGAUUCUCUAACGGAUCCAAAGCACCAGCAAGUCCAGACGGGAGUUAGAACAUCGCUGAAUCUGGAGCAGGAGUUCAAGCGUCAUCAUUUCGUGGCGCUGAGGAGCAUUGGGCAGCGAGAGGAGGAGAACAGCUUGUCAGCCAUCGACAUGGCCUAUAGCUGUGUGCGCGACAUUUUGAUGGAGAUCAGCAUGGAGUGCCUGCAGGGUGUGUACAAGUACCUGACUUGGCUGUGCUCCCUCCAGCAAGCAGAGGACUUCUGUCAGAUCCAAUUCGGCACCCAACUGGAUUCUGCCCAGAUGACCCAACUGUUUGGCAAAUGGCAAACGGAAUUGGAGCUCAAGUACGGCAAUUUCUCCUGCAAGGAAUACGUUAUCGCACAUCAGAUUGCUCUGUUCAAGAUGGCGGGAACCAGAGCAAGUCGUAGAAUGCAAGAAUUCUACCAAAAGAAUCCAAUGGACACGUAUUUACUCAAAGGAAUUGGGGAGUGCAAAAGUGCUGGCAAGUUAAACCUGGCAGCCAAGUACAUUGUUACCCUGCGAGAGCUUCCCAACAUCAGAGAGCCCACAAAGAUAAGCGUUUUGUUGGAAGACGCCGAGGUGAAUCUGAAGAUGGGCAACCAGCAGAUAGCCAAGGCCAUCCUGGAGUAUGUGACCAACAAAAAUGAGUUUGUCUACUGUGUCCAGCGAGUUCCGGCGCUGCGUACGCAGGGCGAGUUCCUCCUGGACUGCAAUGCCGAGACUUUAAGUUAUGUCCAGACCCACAACUUUGAUAAUUCCCUAAAGCUGAUCGAUGACUUUGUGCUGCACCGCAAGACGCUGAGCGAAAAGUAUCGGGACAUCUUCGAGUGGCAGCAGCUGGAUGCCUUCGCCAGUAAGCACCGGACGGCUGCCUAUGCUGCGAUGGCAAAGUAUGCUGAUCGGGAGUACCAGCAGCUAUACGACUACCGGCACUCCCAGGAAUACCAAACGUUGCAGGACAUCAUCGAGCAGAACCGCCAGGCGGCGGAGAAGGUCACCCAGCGCGAGAACCAGGACCGGCGCGUCAUUUCUGUCCAGAUGAAGCGUUACGCCAGCUUGGACGAGCGUCAGCUAAAGCACAUAGAAGAGAAGCUAACCCAGCAUCUUUGUCUGGCUUUGCGCAACCAUAUGGCGUACUGUCGCCUGGACAGCGGCUUUUCCAGCGCCGCCAUUUACCGCAUUAUCUCGCUAUGGUUCACCAAUGCCACCAAUGAGCAGCUGCAGCAGACCAUCAAAGAGGAAAUCCUCACGGUGCCCAGUUAUAAAUUUAUUUGUGCUGCCAACCAACUGACCGCUCGGCUCAACUCCAAAAACAUGGGCCUGCUCAAGGGGCUGAUGGACCUUCUGGUGCACUGUGGCCAGGAUCAUCCGCAUCACACGUUCUACCAGCUGUAUCCGCUUGUCUUUGCCCACCUGGAUGGUGAGAAUAGCAAUACGGAGCGGUCAGGGGUUGCUCGUAAAAUUAUUGCCAAGAUAUGCGAAAAGAAUGCCGCAGCGGCUGAAUGCAGCAAGCAGCUGGAAUCGCUGCUGCCAGCCCUUAUAACAUUUGCCAACGAAGGCAAGACGGACAAUAAUCAGCAGGUCUCGGAUUCCGUGCGCCUGAAGCAAUUCGAGAAGGUAAGGCGCUGGCGGAAUUUGAACGCUGUGCACUGCCCCACCCUUGAGUUGCACGUCAUGCCCAACAAGGAGUACAAUAUAGCAAGCAUCGUCAAGUGGAACAAUGGCAUAACACAAUGUGGUGGACUAAAUGCGCCUGUGAAAAUUAUGUGCGUAUGCUCUGAUGGGCAGACGCGGGCGCAACUGGUCAAAGGAAAGGACGAUCUGCGGCAGGAUGCUGUGAUGCAGCAGGUAUUCGGGAUUGUUAACGAGCUGCUCAACCAGGACUCUGAGUUUAUCGAACGCAAACUGAAGCUGCGCACCUACAAGGUCACUCCGCUCUCAAUGCGCAGUGGCAUCCUGGAGUGGUGCACAAACUCGACUCCGGUGGGUCACUACCUGGUUGUGGAAGGCAAAGGAGGUGCUCAUGCGCGAUAUCGUCCAAACGACUGGAAUAACAGCAGGUGCCGCAAGUUAGCUGCGGACCAUCUGAAGCUCUCCAAGGAGGCUCGAUAUGGCAUCUACCAGCGUAUAUGCGAGAAUAUAAAGCCCGUUUUCCACUACUUUCUGCUGGAGAAGUUCCCCAUACCGGGCGUGUGGUUCGAGCGGCGAUUGGCUUACACCAAUAGCGUGGCCACCACCUCGAUGGUGGGCUACGUCCUAGGACUUGGCGACCGCCACACGCAAAAUAUCCUUAUAGACCAGCAGACAGCGGAAGUCAUUCAUAUUGAUUUUGGUAUUGCCUUUGAGCAGGGCAAAAUCCAGACCACUCCUGAGACCGUUCCCUUCCGGCUGACGCGAGAUAUUGUGGCACCGAUGGGAAUCUGUGGGACGAAAGGAGUCUUUGCCAAGUCCUGCGAGGCCACCAUGCACAUCCUGCGAAGGUAUAAGGCAGUCUUUACCACCGUACUUGAGGUUCUGCUCUACGAUCCCCUCUUUAUAUGGGGGGUGCUGGAAAAGAAGAAAUCAAGCCAGUCAUCACAGCAAUCUAGCGAGGAAUCGGUUAACUUAGUGGCGCAACGUGCCCUGCUCCUGGUGCAAAACAAACUGGAGGGCAGAGAGGCCGGCACCCUUGGCGACUCAAAUGUGGAGGCUCAGGUGGAGCGAUUGAUAAACGAAGCCACGCUACCGAGCAAUCUCUGCAUGCUUUUCCCGGGCUGGGACCCGCAGCUUUAGGCCUAAGAUUGUACAUACAUCACAUUUACCACCAGUUUACCACUUGAAUAUAAGGUUUCUACGAUUUUGUAUUAAACUUUUUGGGUUUUUAA